AUGCUACUGGGGGACCAUCAGUCGUUUGAAUGUGAUGCACCGUGUCAUGUGCCGGAGGAGGCUGUUGCCUCCCCGGCUGAGCAGCCGGAGGAGGCUGUUGCCUCCCCGGCUGAGCAGCCGGAGGAGGCUGUUGCCUCCCCGGCUGAGCAGCCGGAGGAGGCUGGUGCCUCUCCGGCUGAGCAGCCGGAGGAGGCUGGUGCCUCUCCGGCUGAGCAGCCGGAGGAGGCUGGUGCCUCUCCGGCUGAGCAGCCGGAGGAGGCUGUGGAGACCAGAGAAGGCAAGGAGGAGAAGGCAAGGAGGAGAAGGCAAGGAGGAGAAGGCAAGGAGGAGAAGGCAAGGAGGAGAAGGAAAGGAGGAGAAGGAAAGGAGGAGAAGGAAAGGAGGAGAAGGCAAGGAGGAGAAGGCAAGGAGGAGAAGGCAAGGAGGAGAAGGCAAGGAGGAGAAGGCAAGGAGGAGAAGGCAAGGAGGAGAAGGCAAGGAGAAGAAGGCAAGGAGAAGAAGGCAAGGAGAAGAAGGCAAGGAGAAGAAGGCAAGGAGAAGAAGGCAAGGAGAAGAAGGCAAGGAGAAGAAGGCAAGGAGAAGAAGGCAAGGAGAAGAAGGCAAGGAGAAGAAGGCAAGGAGAAGAAGGCAAGGAGAAGAAGGCAAGGAGAAGAAGGCAAGGAGAAGAAGGCAAGGAGAAGAAGGCAAGGAGAAGAAGGCAAGGAGAAGAAGGCAAGGAGAAGAAGGCAAGGAGAAGAAGGCAAGGAGAAGAAGGCAAGGAGAAGAAGGCAAGGAGAAGAAGGCAAGGAGAAGAAGGCAAGGAGAAGAAGGCAAGGAGAAGAAGGCAAGGAGAAGAAGGCAAGGAGAAGAAGGCAAGGAGAAGAAGGCAAGGAGAAGAAGGCAAGGAGAAGAAGGCAAGGAGAAGAAGGCAAGGAGAAGAAGGCAAGGAGAAGAAGGCAAGGAGAAGAAGGCAAGGAGAAGAAGGCAAGGAGAAGAAGGCAAGGAGAAGAAGGCAAGGAGAAGAAGGCAAGGAGAAGAAGGCAAGGAGAAGAAGGCAAGGAGAAGAAGGCAAGGAGAAGAAGGCAAGGAGAAGAAGGCAAGGAGAAGAAGGCAAGGAGAAGAAGGCAAGGAGAAGAAGGCAAGGAGAAGAAGGCAAGGAGAAGAAGGCAAGGAGAAGAAGGCAAGGAGAAGAAGGCAAGGAGAAGAAGGCAAGGAGAAGAAGGCAAGGAGAAGAAGGCAAGGAGAAGAAGGCAAGGAGAAGAAGGCAAGGAGAAGAAGGCAAGGAGAAGAAGGCAAGGAGAAGAAGGCAAGGAGAAGAAGGCAAGGAGAAGAAGGCAAGGAGAAGAAGGCAAGGAGAAGAAGGCAAGGAGAAGAAGGCAAGGAGAAGAAGGCAAGGAGAAGAAGGCAAGGAGAAGAAGGCAAGGAGAAGAAGGCAAGGAGAAGAAGGCAAGGAGAAGAAGGCAAGGAGAAGAAGGCAAGGAGAAGAAGGCAAGGAGAAGAAGGCAAGGAGAAGGCAAGGAGAAGAAGGAGACAGUUUCAUAA